AUGCCCAAGGCAGUCGCUGUGAAGGAGGCUGUCAAGGAGACCCUCAUAGGCUCGGAGGAGCCUGUGCAGGUGUCUGCCCAGACAAAGGCUCGCUUCAAUUCCAAUGCCGUCAAGGACCCCGGGUCCGGAGAGCUGUACAUGGGCCCGGACGAGUUCAUCAAUGCCGUUGCCCCUUCAGACGAAGACUAUCACAAGAUUAAGCGAGACCAGUAUGGCCUCCUCUUCCAGGUCGCAGACCGCCAGAGCAAGGGCCGUAUUACAAUGCCGGACUGGGCCUACUUCGAAAACCUCCUGAACAAGCCCGACGCCGAAUACGAAAUCGCUUUUCGACUUUUUGAUGUCGAACGCCUUGGUACUGUGAAAUACGAGGACUUCCGCCGCCUAUAUGAGCUGAACAAGGGACCUGACAGCAUCCGAUUUGACUGGGACUGCGAAUGGGCCAAGCUGUAUAUCGGCAGCACCAAGAAGAGGCAUGCCAUGGACUAUGAGCAGUUCUCUCAGAUGCUUCGUGGUCUGCAAGGCGAGAGGAUCCGACAAGCAUUCUUGCUCUUCGAUAAGGACGGCGACGGGUUCAUCGAGCCCGAGGACUUCGAGCGCAUCAUCCUCGAGACUUCCAGACACAAGCUCUCCGACCACAUUCUCCAGCACCUCAGCACCCUGUGCAACAUCUCCAAGGGCAGCAAGAUCUCGUACGCCAACGUGCGUGCUUUCCAGAACAUGAUUAAAGAGGUGGAUCUGGUAGAGCUCAUUGUCCGUCGCGCAUGUGCCAAGAGCAGCGAUGGCAGAAUCACCCGUACCGAGUUUCUGAACCAGGCCGCCAAGGUCACUCGCUUCUCCCUCUUCACGCCCAUGGAGGCCGACAUCCUGUUCCACUUUGCCAGCAUUGACGAGCCGUCCGGCCGCCUGACCCUGAAAGACUUCGCCAAAGUGCUGGACCCAUCGUGGAGGAGCCCAGCUUACGAUGACCAGUCCGGUUCGGGCGCGGCAUCCCAGGCAAAGUCCGCUGGUGCAGCUUUCCUCAGCAAGGUCCUGGAGUCUGGGUAUAAUUUCGCGCUUGGCAGUCUGGCUGGCGCGUUCGGCGCGUUCAUGGUCUACCCCAUCGACCUCGUGAAGACUAGGAUGCAAAACCAGAGGAGCGCCGCCGUGGGGCAGCAGUUGUACAACAACUCGCUUGACUGCUUCCGCAAGGUUGUCCGCAACGAAGGUGUCCUCGGUCUAUAUUCCGGCGUCUUGCCCCAGCUCGUGGGGGUGGCCCCGGAGAAGGCCAUCAAGUUGACCGUCAAUGAUCUCGUCUUCACCAACCCCCUCGAGAUUGUCAAGAUUCGGUUGCAAGUACAAGGCGAAGCCGUCAAGUCAGGCGCUGAAACCGCUCCCAAGCGAUCGGCGAUGUGGAUUGUCCGUAACCUCGGUCUCGCUGGCCUCUACAAGGGAGCCUCCGCCUGCUUGCUGCGUGAUGUGCCCUUCUCCGCAAUCUACUUCCCGACAUACAGCCAUCUCAAGAAGGAUUUGUUCGGAGAGUCGCCGACCAAGAAGCUGGGCAUCGUCCAGCUUCUGACAGCGGGUGCCAUCGCCGGUAUGCCUGCGGCCUAUCUCACCACCCCCGCCGACGUGAUCAAGACUCGUCUCCAGGUGGAAGCCCGCAAGGGUGACACCACCUACAACGGCCUCACUCACGCCGCCAAGACCAUCAUGAAGGAGGAGGGCUUCAAGGCGUUCUUCAAGGGUGGCCCAGCCCGUAUCCUGCGGUCCUCACCACAGUUCGGCUUCACCCUCGCCGCCUAUGAGGUUCUUCAGCGGGCGAUCCCGUUCCCAGGCAGCGCAAAGAGUCCGAGCGGCGCCGGUGUGUCGGAGGCGAUGGCGACGCUCAAGGACAAGAUCGACACAAGCCCAUUUGCGAGGAGCAGGAACUCGCUCAAGAUCAUUCUGGAUCUGGACGAGGACUUUGGACGUGCAAAGCUGCCGGAUGCGAAGGGAUGGAAGAACCUCCCCUCUUUUAUUCAGGGCAGCAGCCCCAAGGCAUAA